AUGCGGGCCUGGCUUGUCAGUCGAAAGCUUUGCAGUGCCUUGAAGGCCCUGUCGUUCUUUGCUUUUGACAUGAAAAUACCUGUGAAGAUAACUGGCUUGGGCCAAAAGGAAGACUCGGAAGCGCGGUGGUUGGAUAGAACAAAAAGAUGGUAUAAUCUGGAGCAUUAUUUCUAUACUCAGGAAGCGGAAUAUGGUGGGCAUGAUCAGAUAGAUUUAUAUGAUGAUGUCAUCUCUCCAUCUGCAAAUAAUGGAGAUGCCCCAGAAGACCGGGAUUACAUGGAUACUCUCCCUCCAACUGUUGGUGAUGAUGUUGGCAAAGGAGCAGCACCAAAUGUUGUCUAUACUUAUACUGGAAAGAGAAUUGCAUUAUAUAUUGGAAAUCUAACAUGGUGGACAACAGAUGAAGACUUAACGGAAGCAGUUCAUUCUUUGGGAGUAAAUGAUAUUUUGGAGAUAAAAUUUUUUGAAAAUCGAGCAAAUGGCCAAUCAAAGGGAUUUGCCCUCGUUGGUGUUGGAUCUGAGGCAUCUUCAAAAAAGUUAAUGGAUCUGUUGCCUAAGAGAGAACUUCAUGGUCAGAAUCCUGUUGUAACUCCCUGCAAUAAACAGUUCCUGAGUCAAUUUGAAAUGCAGUCCAGGAAAACUACACAAUCGGGACAGAUGUCUGGGGAAGGUAAAGCUGGUCCUCCAGGAGGCAGUUCACGAGCAGCAUUUCCACAAGGUGGUAGAGGACGGGGCCGUUUUCCGGGGGCUGUUCCCGGUGGGGACAGAUUUCCUGGGCCAGCAGGACCAGGAGGGCCACCCCCACCUUUUCCAGGAAAUUUGAUCAAGCAUCUUGUUAAAGGAACUCGGCCUUUGUUCCUGGAAACUAGGAUUCCAUGGCAUAUGGGGCACAGCAUAGAGGAAAUACCCAUUUUUGGCCUAAAAGCUGGACAGACUCCACCACGUCCACCCUUAGGUCCUCCUGGCCCACCUGGCCCACCUGGCCCUCCACCUCCCGGUCAGGUUCUGCCUCCUCCUCUAGCUGGGCCUCCUAAUCGAGGAGAUCGCCCUCCACCACCAGUUCUUUUUCCUGGACAACCUUUUGGUCAGCCUCCAUUGGGUCCACUUCCUCCUGGGCCUCCACCUCCAGUUCCAGGUUAUGGCCCCCCUCCUGGGCCACCACCUCCACAACAGGGACCACCUCCACCUCCAGGCCCCUUUCCACCUCGCCCACCUGGUCCACUUGGGCCACCCCUUACACUUGCUCCUCCUCCGCAUCUUCCGGGACCACCUCCAGGUGCCCCGCCGCCAGCUCCACAUGUGAAUCCGGCUUUCUUUCCUCCACCAACUAACAGUGGCAUGCCUACAUCAGAUAGUAGAGGUCCGCCACCAACAGACCCAUAUGGCCGACCUCCACCAUAUGAUAGGGGUGACUAUGGCCCUCCUGGAAGGGAAAUGGAUACUGCAAGAACACCACUGAGUGAAGCUGAGUUUGAAGAAAUCAUGAAUAGAAAUAGGGCAAUCUCAAGCAGUGCUAUUUCAAGAGCUGUGUCUGAUGCCAGUGCUGGUGAUUAUGGGAGUGCUAUUGAGACAUUGGUAACUGCAAUUUCUUUAAUUAAACAAUCCAAAGUAUCUGCAGAUGAUCGUUGCAAAGUUCUUAUUAGCUCUUUGCAAGAUUGCCUUCAUGGAAUUGAAUCCAAGUCAUAUGGUUCUGGAUCAAGACGUGAACGAUCAAGAGAGAGGGACCAUAGUAGAUCACGAGAAAAGAGUCGGCGUCAUAAAUCCCGUAGUAGAGAUCGCCAUGAUGAUUAUUAUAGAGAGAGAAGCAGAGAACGAGAGAGACACCGGGAUCGUGAUCGAGACCGAGACCGAGAACGUGACCGAGAGCGAGAGUAUCGUCAUCGUUAGAAGCUGAAGGAAGAGGAACAACUUCCAAGACAAAACAGUCUUCAUGGGGGAAAAUGACGCUUGUCCAGCAGUUUGCUUCUUGUGAUUGAACUGAACCUGUAAGGAUUCAUGGAUAAACUGAACAGGAAUAGAUCUGAAUAAAGCAAAUCUGCAUAAAUGGUAACCAGUAGCUCUACUUUUAUUUUUUAUGUUGCUUAACUGUUUUAUUUGAAGGAAACCUGUGUGAUUUAAAAAGUUAAUAGCUUUUGCAACUUUAUUACUGGUUAUAUACAUUUGGCCAUUAUAAUGUGCAAGCAAUUGGAAAAAAAAAGUCAAGUAUAUGCUUGUUUUUAUAGUAGUUUGUUCUUGUUAAAAAUGUUCAUAUGAUAAUGUCUGUAAACAGCACCACUUUGAUUACAAUAGAUGUAGUGUUGUAAUAAACUGUUUAAUGGGGCUGAUGUGUAAAGCUGUUCAAGUUAUUUGAUGUUUACACCUCAGGGAAAGUCUUGUGUUCAGCAAUAUCUAAAGAUAAUGUUACUAUGACAACAUUUUUACUGUCCUUUAAAAAAAAAAGCAUUGCAAUAGCGGUUUUGGAUAUGCAUCAAUCUAAUCUUGCGUUCAGUGAAUUAAACAUAACUAAUUAAGUGUCUCUUGCCCUUGAUUUUGAUAUUAGAAUAGGUGAUUACAUGGAUAUUUAAUAUUUCUAUAUUCUGCUUUUCUAGCUGUUUUUACCUAGUUAGCUUGUGACUUUGCUGAAUGGUAUGUAAACUUGUAAAAACUGAAAUUUGACAGACACAGCAAAUCCCAUCGAUGCACUAGGGGUCAAAGAAUGUUGAGGUUUUAACAUUUUAGAAAAGUCUCACACAUAUUUGCUACAGUAGUGCAGUUUAAUUACAACACAGGUGUACUGAAACACUUAAUUGUGAACUGCUAGCAUUGAAGUGAGAUUUUGAAUUCUGAUUUGAUGCUAUAGUGAUUUACUGAUUUUUAUUGAUGAUGCUUAUGGUUUAACUUUGAAGCCAUAGGCAGUGUAAAUACAGUCAUGCGGCAGAUAAAUGUAGGAAGAGCCUUGGUUUUAUUUUCCAGUUGGUACCAGUUUCUGAAGGAUGUGAAGUUGUAUUAACAUAGGGUUGUUUUUUCCAGUGUAAUGGGAGAUUAUAGAUGUACCUGUCUCUACAGUUGAGAAAUUCUAUAUAUUUUUGUGCAGCCUGUUGAUUUCAUGCUAGAGUUAAUCAAAGAUUCUCCCCAUCCCCUCAAAAAAAACCUGCCUUACAUGAAGGCCUACAUGAAAAGCAUCUGGCUUACAUGUGUUCUUAAUUGUAAAAUUAGCAGAGACCAGAUCAUCAACUGGAUAUUUUUAUGGAAAGAUAAUUCUGAAUCACUAUUUCAGAAAUUUGAGUUAAAAUUCUUAAACAGGCUAAUUUGUUUUUUUAAAAUAUAUUUUUAAGAUCUGAUAAUCUUUGAGAGACCUUUGGAUAGUACACAUUGGUUUUUAAAGUAUGGCCAAAUUUUAGGACAAUGCUUAAACAUAUUUUGGUACCAUAGCUAUUACCUAAUGUGCAACCAUACAAGCCCUCUAGAAAUUUGCAUUGCCUUUCUUCAGUUUUGUCUUGUCUGCUUUCAAACUACUCACAAAAUUAGCUGUUUCAAAUUAUAUUAUUACUAGUUUUAUAUUUUGUGAGUGGAGUAUUUGUGUAAGGGAUCAUUGGUGUUUACCAGAACUGUUUGCUCUCAAAAAUGAUUUUUAAAAUAUUUUGUCUUGUUGAAAAUGCAGUUGCCUUUUUAACAUUAUUUGAAAGUUGUAUCAAAAUAUGUUUUCUUGUUUUAUGUAUAGGUGUUGUAAGUUUUUGUCAUUUCUUAAGCUUUUUUAUAUUUUAAUUACAAUGCCCUAAUGUGAAGAAGUUUGGACUUACAUAUAUUACAAGGGAAAUUAGUUUAUAGUAAGAUUAAAAGGUAAGUAAAAUGUCCAUGAGAAUAAAAUUUUCUAUGAACAGUUUUAAAAUGAAAUCACAAAAAUCUCUACUUGAAGUGAAACUGGAAGUUUUGUACUAAUUUAAUCCUUCAUCUACCUUUUCAUUUUUUUAUCAGUGGAACCUUUUAAUUGUUCCUUCUAUAUUAUUCUUCUCCCUGCUUGGCUUACUUCAUUACAUGACUUUUGUUGCAGACGGUGUGAGUGUACUAGAUUUGUUUGCUUCUAUCUAGUCUAUUGUUUUAAGUGUCGUCAGGAGGACUUUUGGUUUGACCAAGUAGUUUUUUGCAAAGUCUUUCUCCACCUGGUAACAUAUGAAUGUAUAGCAGUAAAGCUAAAAAUUGCAAACCUUGUUUUAUUUGUCAUACCCCUUCUGUUGUUUAUGAAUUGAUGUUAUUUGAAAGCUUUUUUUUAAUGUUAAAAACAAUCCAAAGAGAGAAAUCUUUACAAAGACGCCAAAAAAAAAAAAAGUGAGUGUCUCAGAGACCUUUUUUUUUCUUAAUUUAUAAUAACUAGUGGACAUGAAAACAAAACUUGAGUUGAAUUUUGAGCCAUAGCAUUUGUUUAUGCUAUGCAGUCACAUUCCUUUUCAGCUAGUGGUAAAAUUAUGGACGAGUGAUAACAGCACCUGAAUGGUGUUGAUUCUGAAGCAACACUUUGAAUUGAAUGUGUUUGCUUUUGGUUAAAGGAAAUAGGUUGUGGAAAGGAUAUUCCAAUGUGAAUCUACAUGUAUUUUAUUUUGUUUUAUUAAGAUUUGAAAUAACUUGCCAUGGCUGUUGAUCAUAGGUUAACCAAUUUAAUGACCCCUUUACCAGAAUAUUCUUAAGCAGUUAAAUACAAUUUGAAGUUCACAAAUUACUUGUAGCUUAAGGUAUUAUUUUCAUUUGAUUCUCCUAUGGAGAAUGUUGCUUUACUUUUUUACUAGUUUAAGGUCAAUUCUAAAAAUAAACAUGGAGGUUUUAAUGAAUGUUGUAUAAUAUUUUAUAGUGAAGGGGAAAAUUGUUGAAAGGGUAAAGACUUUAUCUUUCCCUUAAUGUAUUUAAAUGUGCCAAUAACCUAACUACACACUGUUUUAUAUAAUGACAUGCUACUAUAAAACUUUUCUGUUGGAGUGCUCAACAUUUUGGUUUUCUAAAUGGUCAUUGCAUUUUCUGUAUCUUACAAGGUGGCUCCGAUUUUGUGUUUCAAGCUUCAGCUUAAUUUAUUUUAAGAGGAAGUUUAUGUUCUAAUUCUUUAUUGAGAAUAUAGUAUUGAGAUUCUCACUGUUUUAUGGGUAAUUGUUUUUUAAAUUUUAUUCAUUAAGUUCAUUUGCAUCCCAUAGUCUGUAAAUGUUUUCCCCUGUUGUAUGUACUUAAAUGCACGCUUAUCCAUUGUACAUAUUAGUCAUUUUUUGUGGUAAUAUAUAAGUGGGAUUUUUGUAGCAAAGCGUUCUAUUUUUCUGUUCUUAAAGUGUGUGUGCGUGUGUGGUGGUUUUUUGUUUGUUUUUUUGUUUGUUUGUUUUUUAACAUUAACCUUCAGUUUAAACAUUGUUGUACUUAUUUUUUAGCAACUUGACUCUUAGAAGCCUUAGACUAGUUUUUAAAUAUAUAUUCAACCAAAAAUUAUAAAUUUAUUAAGAUGUGGCCUUACAUAUGGCAUUCUUUGUAUUAUAAUAUGAGAUGUUUUAUUUAGAGAAAUCAAGAUUCAGGAUUAAAGUUUCGUCUUAAGUUGAAAUGGAAAAUGUGUUAAAAUGUCUAGGCUUCUGGGAGGAAGUUCUUAUAAUCUUCUUUCUUGGCAUUAGAAAGAAGCAAUAUGAAUUUUUAUGAAUAUUCAAAAUAUUCAGGCAAUUGUAUUGUCAGAUUGAUUUAGAUUUGUCUUAACCAAUGUUUCUUUAAAAUUUCAGGUUGUUGGCAUUCACUAUCUGAGUAUAUAGGUAUAUGAUUUUUGUAUGGGAUGUAUAAAUAAACACUUGGUUACCUACAGAUAGAUUUCAAUGUGUAAAGACUUCCUGCUGCAUUAAUUAACAUUGUAUGGGAGGCUUUAAAAAUAUUAGGUAAAAUUUAAUUGAAGUCAUAACAAAUCUUGAUAUGGUAUUUGUGGAUAGUGAACACUACCAGUUUUUCAUGUGGGAGUAUCCUAAAACUCCACCAUGGGUGUAAAUGUUUUACAUUAAUUUCAUAAUUGGACAGACCCUGCAUUUAGUUAAAAAAAAAUUCAUUUUGAAGGUGUGUUUUUUGUCACACUGUUACUGCGUAACACUUCUCAGCAUUCUGUAAGUUAAAUUAUUUCAAAAUAUAAUGGUAAAUUCAUGUUUGUUUAUUUUUUUACUUUGAAAAUGUAGUACUCAGGUGGUAUUUAAUGGGAAAUGAUCCUUUGAGGUAAAUCAUAAUGUAUUCUAAGGAAUGCAUCUAUAAUAUUGAUGACUUUAGCCUUAAAAAAAGGUCUAUUAUUCCUUCUUCCUCUGCAUCCCAUGGUGUAUUAGCAAAGUAGUUUACAGCCCGGUACAGCCUUACAAAGUUGUUUUACAAUUUUUAAUGGAAAGUCCUUAAAAAACAAACAGACAAAAAAAAAAAUGUAUCAUAUUACCAGUAUCCGUGGAUUACUGAAUCACAGUUUGUAAAUAAUUUGUCUAAUAUCAGAAGGCCAAAGAAAGUCUUAAAAUUUUAGCUAUUGACUAUGGUGACUUCACAAUAAGAUUUCUGUGCAAAAGGUAAGGUGAUUUUUGAUCAAAUAGACAUCUUUUUGAUGUCCAUGAGAACUACACUUCCAUAUUAGCUUCUAUUAAAAAGCUUUUUCACAUUUUAUUAAAAUGUUUGUAAUUGCAAUUUUGUGUUUAAUGUUUAUUUUUGUCUUUUCUUUUCUUUAGCAUUUAGGUGACUGUUCAGCAGUUUGCUAUAUGGCCAUUGUUGGCCUUAAACUGCACUAGUAACAAGCAUGGUAUUUAUCUUGUAUUGAAAAUAAAACAAAAUUUUGAUAAUA